UUCCUGAGAACUGUGAUCACUAUGCCAAGCAAGUACUCCCAAUCAGAGGCAGUCCUAAGCUUCUUUGAGGCAUCCCAUUUGGACUUGAUGAUCGGGAACAACCUGGACCCCACACAGCUGCUUCUCUACUCUCCUAUCACCAUUUCAGAAAUCAGGAGGUCCAAUGGGUUUUGUUUGGCUAAUACAGAAACCAUUAUCUGUGAUACCUGCCCACCACCUGAAAUAUCUCUUCCCAUAGGCUCCAUGGGCCAUGUAUAUGAAAAGACGUCCGAAGCUGAGGGAAAGAGAGUGCUUCACACAUUCUCUGGUGAUCACGACAAGGGACCAAAUCCUGACAGCGAAGUAAUUCAUAUCAUGAAGACAGAAGCAAAUCCGAUUAUGAAGCCACCACGCCAAGGCAUUGCCUCUGAAGUGUACAUGAGCAAAAUGACAUACCUCCACAUGGAGGCCCAUGAGACGGACAUACUGGAGUAACUGGACCAACAUCAUGAACACUAACAUAGGAAGCUCCAGUGCUGCUCUGUUGGCAGCUAUACACUCACAC